UAUUUAUUCAUUAUAUUAUUAUUAUUAUUAUUAUAUUUUCUCUUCAUCGUCCUCGUUCUCGUUCCUCUCACGUCCUCCGAUCUAAACCCUAACUAGUUCCUUGCGAGGAAACCCUAAUCCGAACCCUAACUCUCGCUUCCUACCGAUCGUGGACGCGACUGGGGAGGGGAAGAGAAGAGAUGUGAUCCACCCGGGGUUCCAAUUGGCGCUUUCGGCUUGAUUUGGGGAAUUUUCUAGGGUUUCGUGAUUAUUUUUGUCGGGGGAUUUCGCAUGAAGGAUCCGAUCGAGCGGACGAAGGUGGUGGUUCGGCGCCUCCCGCCGGCGAUCUCGGAGGCGGCGCUGGUGGAGCAGAUCGACGGCCGGUUCGCCGGCCGCUACAACUGGCUCUGCUUCCGCCCCGGGAACAGCAGCCAGAAGAAUCAACGCCAUUCUCGAGCUUAUAUUAACUUUAAUAGGCCAGAAGAUGUUGUUGAGUUUGCUGAGAUCUUUGAUGGACAUAUUUUUGUCAAUGAAAAGGGUGCUCAAUAUAAGGCUGUCAUAGAGUAUGCACCAUCACAACGCGUACCCAAAGAGUCUUCUAAGAAGGAUGGCCGUGAAGGGACUAUUUAUAAGGAUCCUGAAUAUCUUGAGUUCCUUGAACUCCUUGCAAAACCCGAGAAUCUUCCUAGUGCUGAGAUUCAGCUGGAGAGAAAAGAAGCAGAAAGAGCUGCUGCUCCUAAAGAUUCAGUCAUUGUAACACCAUUAAUGGAGUAUGUUCGGCAGAGAAGAGCUGCAAAGAGCGGGCCUCAGAGAUCUGCUAAUGGGAGAUCUGGCAGAAGAGCUGGGAGAGCUUCACCUAGCAGCGCCAGUCCUUCCAAACGGAGUUCUGAGAAGAAUAGUCUCUCCAAACCUGUGUACAUUUGGAGGGACAGCAAAAAAGGUGGAAGUGGAAAGGGCAAAUCUGCGUAUGUAGCGAUAUCUAGAAAAGACGAGCUACAAUCUAUUGAUAAAUCAAAUGCUGGGACAGGAAACUUGGAAGAUGAAACUGGUACUGAAAUUGGAAAGAAAAGAGUUAUACUGCUGAAAGCGAAAGAUAAAGAAGGAACUCCAGUCUCUGGUGGUUCAUCACAGCAGCAAACUUCAGGUGGUAACUUGGAAUCAUCUGCUUUUAACAAGAGCCAGCGGCAUGGGGUGGCUGGUGGAAAAAUCACAAGUAUUCUUUCUAAGGAUGUACAACAUAAUGUACCCCAAACCCAGGCGGUGAACAUGAAUAAAGACAAACGCCCCCCUCGUCCACCCAAUUUCCGGUUGAUUUUAAGGGAUCAAAUAACUGCCAUAUCGUCUGGCGGUGAUGCUAAAAGAUAUCAGGAUGCCAACAGUGCUGUAGAAUGUGAUAGUCACGGUUCAGAAAUCAGUGGCGAAAAGCUCGAUAAACGCACAAGAGGCAAGGACAGAGGUGAUCGUGCUGUGUGGGCCCCGCUUCGUCGCUCAGAUGGGUCUCAUCCUCGUGAAGAUACUCACCCUUCUUCUUCCUUGGAAGGUUACGAAGAGACAAGAUCUAAUGUUUCUAAUUCAAGUAAAGCUGCAGAAGUCAAGAUUCUCAGGGGCGGACGCGCUGAUCUUAUUUCAAAGAAUGGUCCACAUAAACAUGGACGGCGUGGACCACCCCAUGGUGUGAAGGAAAUUGAUAGCUCUCUAACUUACACUGAUGGAAAGCCUUCUAAGCGAGGCAAUCCAGGCGGCCAUGGGCUGCAUGAGAGACAAGUAUGGGUGCAAAAGACGGGUCCUGGUUCUUAGUUUAACGUUUUGAGUGGUCUCAUCAAAAAACGAUGAGUUGGUGGAAGUUGGAAACUACCAGUAAACACCUAAAGGCUUUAUGUGAAGAUAAAAACAUGCCAUUGUCCGUCUUCUACUUUUUUAAUCAGAGGAUCCGACAAAUCAGCAAAAAAAAUUUUUCCCCUUACUAGAAGAUGACCUCUUAUUGCUUCACUAGUUAGGCGGCAAACAUAACCAAACCCUAAACUUUCUAGGUUUUAUCUGCAAUAUAUGUUCGUGAUCUUCCCCAUCCUUGAAGGCGAUCAAACAGCCGAGCCGUGCUUUUUUGCAAGAAAUCUCAUCGCGGAGACGGAGACAUAUGGCAACGUAUACAGAGGCAUUAUAUAUUGAAAACAGUGUCUUGUGGCGCCGUGUGUGUAAAUAUUACUAUUGGAAAGUAAUUGGGUAAGUGAUGCAAUUAAUCUAGGGUUUCAACAGCCGGGGGUGUCAUUGAGCUGGAGAGAUUCGUCGCAGGAAUAAGCGGCUUGCUUUGUUUUGGCUUAGAUAAAUGUUUAUGUCAUCAUAUAUAAGGUGGUGUGUUUGCCGAAAUGCGGUGGCGACUUUUGUUGUACUAAAGGGCUUACCCAUGAAGUUUGUUAUGGAUUAACUGGUUUUUGUAGUGGAUAGUAUAAAUAUCGCAAGUUCUGAUGCUGCUUCUGUAAA